GAGUGAAGUCAGGAGGGAAACUUCAUUGCCUUAAGUGAGGUUAGGCACGUGUAGAACACAUGGCGGUACUGCUAGCACAGAAUUGUAAAUAAUAGGGACACUGACAGUUUUUCCCGUGAAUUAGAUGAUUAAUCAGUUUUUAUAAGUGUUUAUAAAUUUAUAAAGUGAAAAAGAGUAUCGUUCGUUUGAAUAUGUUUCAAUAAGUUCAUCUAUUUAUUGUGUUUACGUAUUUGGGAGUAAAUCCUAAGGACAAUCAGUGAAAAUGAAAAACAAACCAGUUCGUCACAAAGAAACAAACACUUUCAAGUUUAAAAAAUUCUCUGAACGAAUAUCAGAGAUCGAUGUUGAUGUAUUCCAUCGAGUAGCUCACCGGAAUGAGGAGUAUUCCGAUGACGAGGAGUCCCUAGAAACUAAUUUUUACAGAACACUCCAGAAAUGGAACGUUUUGAACCUCACAGAAGGUUACAAGAGCUUCAGGAAGGAAGUGCACCAAGUUGUGACCCUUCCCCAGCUCUUGAAACACAAGCAGGAGGUUCUGGACUCACUGACAAAAUACUUGAGGAUGAGAAAUGCCACCUUUGUCCAGCCAAUUCUGGACUUGGUUGUGGCAGCAGCAAAAGACCUUCAGAAGGAUUUUUACGAGCAUUUUCCCCACUUCCUAUCUCUGAUCAUCGACCUCCUAUCUACCAAAGAUCCAGAAAUUCUCGAGUACUCCUUCACAACCCUGGCGUAUCUCUUCAAAUUCCUAUGGAGGUACUUGAUAAAGAACAUCGAUGGUGCCUUCCAGCUAUUGCUGCCCCUUCUGGUGGACACUAAACCAGAGUAUGUCAAUAAUUUCGCAGCUGAGAGCUUUGCAUUCGUGGCCAGAAAAGUCAGAGAUCGAGAGGCAUUUUUGAAACUUGUGUUUGAAGCGCUGAAGAAGUGCCCAGAUGGCACAGUUGGCUGUGGAAAACUUCUGUUCGAGGUUAUCUCUGGAAUUUCGGGACAAUUUCACUCCUGUGCUGAACACAUGCUGACUUUGUAUCUCAAUGCAUUGGUUGAUGACUCAAUGGAUGGACAAUUGGUCUUCGAGGUCAUCCAACAAGUUUUUGUCUGCAUCACGAACUCAAUAAUUCCCAAAAACAGUCAACCUCUGUGGAGUAUUCUCUUCAAAUUCCUGGAUCAACAGUCUACAGCUCAGGAAGAUAAGAAUAAGAAACUGAUGAUUUUAAUCCUGAAGCUGUCUCGUCUGAUUAUCGACCACAGAGGGGGCAAGAUGCUGAUAAAUCCAGUGGAAAUGAAGUCAAAAAUCGUAAAAAUAAUUCCGAUUUACGAUGGUGAUGUCCUGAAGGAAGCUGUGGAUCUAUCUAUCGACAUUCUCCUUGCAAAUAAUUUAAAAUUAACCCAAGAAGUUUGCAGCGAAUUUGUUAUCAAGCUCUUGUCUAUCAGGAGCAGAGAGCUUUUGCGCUAUAUUGUGAAGAAAUUGGCAGAUCAUUCUUCUUUCGAGACCUUGAUUCUGCCAAUGGCCCUGCAGAGGAGUGUUCUGAAGGAAGAAUUUGGAGACAACGAGUUGGAAUUGUUCUCCGAAGUGAUCAACGCGAGGGCACCUCCCAGUCUCGGUGGUAUUGACUCUAAAUCCUGGAGGAAGAUGAACCUGGACAUCAGAGGGUUUCCAGCGACAACUUUUGAAUAUCUUCACAAUAAAUUGAAGAAUUGGGAAACAGAAAAUGGCGUGUCUGAGGAAUCAUUACUAGCUGCUGUCAUCCUGCCUCAUGUCACCCCCACCAAUAGUCAAUUGGUCGAGGAAUUGAAAAAUAUUUUAGUCUCAAUGUAUAAUAAAUUAAUUGAAGAUCACUACAUGAAUAUGUCAUCAACUGAAAUUGAGAAGAGAGGUCUGGCAUUUUUACUGAUAUUAGAAUCAACGACUCAUCUAGUGGACACUGAAGAUUUCCAGAAGUUCAUUGAAGCAUCAAAAAUCGACGUCUUGGAACUGCUGAAAAAAUACUCACACGUUUCGAGUAUUCUGAAAUCCGCAGACCUAUUCUUGACAUUCAUAAAAAAUUCUGAACAGCGAAACCUCUACGUAAACGAGAAGAUCUUCGCCGGGGUGAACGAGUACCUGGGUAGACACUUGUGCUCUCCCUACGGAAAAAUUCGAUUAACAGUAUCCCACAUCUAUUCCCUGUUCUCCGACGUCGAGGAACUCUUCAUCGAGAAGAACGACGAGGGUAUGAAUGCCCUGAGUCUCCUGUUCGCCGCUGAAAGUGUCGAGACAACCGUCUACAAUUAUCGGGACCGUCUGAUCCACCUGCAGGCCCUCACCUUCACCUCCAGAGCCUUAACAAAUCUCAAGCCAGAGUACCAGGACUUCCCAGUGAAAUUUUUGAUAGGGAACUUGUACAUCAACUUCUCCCUCCUCUGGGACCCAACGGCAAAGGCGAUAGCAACUUUUGCGAGUGAAAGGUGCCCUCACUUCUGGCAGAUAUUCCUCGAGGACUUGAGGAGCCAGAGUCUUCCUCCGGCUCCUGACAUCGACUCAGAAUUUUUUAACAGUAAAGUCCUGAAGACUUUGACCCAGAAAUUGUCUCCAACUGACAAGCCAGACCUUCAAAACCACAAAAUCCUGCUGUGGAAAUGCAUGAGUGAUUUCCCGGAGUACGUUGAGAGUAAAAAUCGUGAGGUGACAGUUCUGUUCAUCGAUUUUGUCGAGACGACGAUAUUCAAGUCCAAUUCAGAGACAGCAAAAUCCUACAACCUCUUAAAACAUGAUAGUUCGGAAGACGCUGCCCUAAUCGAUGAGAAUGAUUCGGAAGAUGAGGAGGGGACUACCAAGGAAGCCCCCAGGUCGCAGGUACCGAAGAAAUCCGCAUUGAAAAAGCUGGGAAGGUCGUCAGACUUCAAGCUCCUGCUCGCCCAGUUAAGCCUCUUUGCCAAGGCGAACAACCCCAAGAUGAUGUACCGAGAGUCUGAAAUGUACCAGAUUUACUUGGAUCUGCUAACAUCGAAAAGCGUGGAGCUCCAGAAAGCAGUUCUGGACUGUCUCUUUUCAUACAAGCACAAGUUCCUGAUGCCCUACAAGGACCACCUCUACGGUCUCAUCGAGGAAAAGAAUCUAAGGAAUGAACUGGCUCGAUUUAAAAUAGAACAUGAGGAGGACACCACUACUAUGAUCCAGGAGGAUCACCGUAACGCCCUGAUGCCAAUUCUGAUGAGACUGGUUUACGCAAAAAUGAUAUCGAGGGGCGCUGGAAGGGCUGCUGGUGCAGCUGGAGGUCUGGUUCGUCGUAAGAUCAUCCUGAGGUUUUUAAUGGGCGUCAAAGAGACAGAAAUGAUGUUCUUCACGAAAAUGGCGUUCAAGCCCUUCGAGAAAUACCAGAUCAGCCUGUCCCCGGAGGAUAGUCUGAAAGAUCUGAAGGAAUUGAUAGCGGAUGUCCUGAAAAAUCUGGAUUUAUCAGAGGUGAUUCCCCCGAAACGUCUCAGAUCAGCGGUUACCCUGCUCUCCAUCAUCAUCGAGGAGUUCGGCGCAAAGAUGUCGAGUAACCUGCUGCCAAGACUCUUGGCCCUGCUCCUCUGCAUCAUGGCUCACAUCAAGGGGAUCCUCGAGCAGCAGGAAAAGAUCUUCUCCGGCUUCGUUCCCAUGGUCAAGGACCUGAAGAACACCUGCACCGGAAUUCUCGGAAGAUUCUUCGGACACUUUGAGAACUAUAACUGGUCGGAGACCGAAUUGGACGUUUUGUUCGACGUUGCUGUUUUCCCCUGGCUCGAGAAACUCCCUGUGGAGGGUGUCCACAGUCCCACAGCGCUGCUGAAGCUCCUGUCUGCCUGGUGUCAGAAUCCCCGGUACUUCUGUCUUCUUGUGAAGCAUGCAGAAGGGAACAAAGGCUUGUCCCCCCUUCCCUUCGUCGUCAAGCUUCUGCUGAGAACCAAAACCCAUCCAUCAGUGAGUCAGACCAUCUUGGAUAUGCUGGAGAAGCUCAUGACUCUACAGGACUACGGAGUUAUCACUGAGGAUCAGAUGGACGUCGAUGACGUAAAGAUACCCCUAAAGCCGACGAAUCUUCUGGACGUUAAUGCUGCAGCAAUUCUACCUGGAAUUCAUAUCAAUUAUGGAUCCUCGAUUCUCCUUCCUCACGUCCCCGAUAUUUUAUCCUACAUCAAGAGGAAAUUCCAAAAGUCGAAAUCUGGAAUCAACAGAACAGAGACGAGCAUUCUCGCAAGAAUUUCCGAGUUAGACCUCGACCCAGAGACUUCAAAUUCACUGGUUUCUCUCUCCCUGCCCAUUCUGGUGAAGCGAGCGAUGAAGGGAGAGGCUGAGGAGACGAUCCUUGAGCUUCUCACGACAAUAGCAAACCUGAUGAAGAACGUACAGGAACCACAUGUCCACCUGAGGGCUAUUCUCCCCCUUCUCUCCUGCGUGGGCUCAUCUGCUGCUAGGAAACUCCUUCUUCAACUGUUCAAGACCAUCGCCUCGAAGGAUUGUGAGUCCUCACCCGUUCCCAGGGACAUCAUGGUGAAGACUGCUGAUCUUCUGGGGGAACUGAACGCCAUGGAUCAGAGGUGGAUCGAUCAGCCUGAUUUUGAGAGAAGGUUGGAUGCUUUUUCAGAGAUUAAAUCUGCCAUUAGUUCCGAGAAUCCGGAGCAGUCGAAGAUCCUGACUAUUGAGUUUGGAGUUGCGGUAUUGUACUCCUGUUUUUACUUCCUCAAACGUGAGACUGAUCUCUCCUUGAGGGACUCUGCAGGCCUGUGCUUGAAUAUUCUGGGGCCAGAACUGGCGAAGCGAAAUAAGGACAAUAAAGUCGAUAGGAUGUUCCUGAUCGAGGAGACGAUAUUGAAUUUAGUUAGGACUGGAAUAAGGAGCAAGAAUGAGGCUGUUCGUUUGCGUUCGAUAUCCUUCCUCGGAGUUAUGUCGAUGGAGUGUCCAGAUGUCCACCCGGUCCUGAGAGAUUUGAAUCUACUGACUGAUAAAGUCGAUCCUGAAGUCGAUUUCUUUGAGAAUUUGCAGCACCUCCAGCUCCACAGGAAGGCCAGGGCCUUCCUGAAAUUCUGUACGAUGUCGAAAGCUCUGGAGAAGGCUCCGAACUCGAAGACCCUGACGCAAUUUAUCUUUCCACUGGCCUCCUCGUACCUUUGCAAUGAGUCCUUUGCUAAUAAAAACAGCUUAGUGGAUGCUGCUAUUGAAACCGUGGGAGCUGUAUGCAGACUCCUGCCCUGGCACCAAUACGCAAUUAUUCUCAAAUAUUAUUUAGAUAAAUUGAGAUCUUCCACUGACUUUCAGAAGCAAAUUGUGAGAACUGUGAUUGCCAUUCUGGACGCUUUUCAUUAUGAUUUAUCAAAAUUGAAGACUGUCGAAGAAGUCAUGAAGUCUGAAGAUAAAUGUGAUAUUGAACAAGAACCUGUUCAACCAGCAGAGGAUUCAACUGAAGUGUCCACUCCCGAGAUUGCAGAAGAAUCUGAAGAGACACUGGACGAAGCCCUGAAUAAAGAAGAAGCGUCUCUUGAAAACCAGAAGGUUCCAGAAGACCCAGAAGUUGACCAGACAGACCCAAAAAAAUUCGUGGAGAAAUUGACAAUUCUGUCUCCGUACGCAGCCAAGGGCGUUGUCUUCGAUAUUACCAACACCCUCCUCCCCCAGCUCCAUCGAUCAAUCCUCGCCCGAACUCACCACGAGCUGAGUCAUAAAGUCAACAGGAGGCGAACAGGAGCUGAGAAGGAAGAGGAGGAGCUGAUGAGGGUUCCAAUAGCUCUUGCCCUAGUGAAGCUUCUCCAGAAACUACCAGAAAGGAUCCUAGACAAGAACCUCCCCGGAAUUUUCAUGAAGCUCUGCACGUUCCUGAAGAGUAGAUUGGAAUCUGUGAGACGAUCAACUCGAGAGAUCCUUCAGAAGGUCAUGAUAACCCUGGGUCCAGACUACCUCCACCAUCUGUUGAGGGAAAUGAAUUCCCUCUUGACACGAGGCUUUCAGAUUCACGUACUUGCUUACACGAUUCACGCUGUCCUGAUAUCCCUGAAGCCCUUCUUCAAGGAGAGCCACGUGAACGAGAACCUCCAGAGUAUUCUGCAAGUUUGCAAAGUGGACUUGUUCGGUCUCAGUGCUGAGGAGAAGGACAUAGCUGCAGUGACCAAAAACACAUCAGAAGCCAAGUCAACCAAGAGCUUCGAUAUAUUCCACGUUCUCGGGCAGUUCAUCACAGAAGGUUGUCUUGUGGAUCUCCUCCAGCCUCUCGUCACAAUCCUCAACGACUCCAGAUCCCACAAGACCGUUCGUAAAGUCGUGGAGUGCUUGAGACACACUGUCCUGGGCCUGGCUGACAAUGCCUUCAUUCCCCCUGACAAAUUGCUCAUCUUCCUCUACGGAGUUGUCUCCAAGAGCAUUCCAGCCCUGAAUACGACCCGCCCGAAGUCUACACAGGAAGAAAAACCGCAAAAUAAGACCCAGGUAUCGGACUGCUUCAUAAUUCCAGCGGAGCCGAAGUCCAGAAUGGGUCUGAAGAUGGCUGCGAAGACGUCAGGAGAUACCAACGAUCACAUCCUCUUGGAAUUCGCCCUGAAGCUCCUGCACAUCCUUCUGAAACGUGAAAAAGUCACUGCCGGCUCAUUCAAGCAAUAUCUGAACCCCUUCGUCCCAAUUCUCUCGGACUGCCUGAACUCCCCACAAGUGAAGAUGAACACUCUGUCCCUCCAGUGCCUUAACUGGGUCAUCAAGAUGGAUCUAGACUCUGUUCGCUCCUUAAUAACCGAAAUCUGCGCUUCGAUCUUCAAAAUUCUACAUAAAUAUGGAGCAGCUGGACUGAGCAAAGGAGAUAACUUCGACCUCGUGAUGGCGGCGUUCAAGUCAAUGUCGGUUCUGGUAAGAGAUGUCAAGCACUUUGACAUGUCUGAUGAUCAGGUGAAGGCGCUGAUCCUCUACGCAGAGCAGGAUUUGCACGAUUACGAGAGACAGGCGACUGCAUUCAAUCUACUCAAAGCAGUCAUCAACAGAAAAUUGAUAAUCCCCGAGAUGCACGAAGUUAUGAAGAAGGUCGCCGUUCUAAGUGUCACAUCAGACUCUGAGAAUGUACGACAACAAGCCAGAGGUGUCUUCUACGCCUUUCUCAUGGAGUACCCCCUGGGCAAAGACUUGGAGAAACAUUUAUCAUUCUAUCUGAGUCAACUGAGCUACGAGGUUCAGCCAGGCCGCAUGAGUGCCCUGAACAUGAUCCUCAGCAUCGUCACAGGCUUCCCAGAGGCUAUUCUCAUCCAACAAUCAAGCCUCAUCUUCAUAAUGGCCGGGGCUAGACUCGUCAACGAUGAAGAUCCUGACUGCAAGAAGCUCACCGCCAAGUGUAUCAAGGAGGUCAUCACCAGGGUCCCUCACAAUCAGAGAAUCAAGCUCUUCGACAUCGUCAUCACCUGGUUCAAGAGCCCUCAGGUAUCUCUCCGGAGACUGGCAGCCCAGCUUUGCGGUAUUUUCGUAACAGUCGAGAAGGAUUCAUUCGAGACGCGGCUUGAGGAGGUUCUCUCGCUGGUGCUCAAGCAGUUCAGACUGGAUGAGGACCAGGAAAACGGGCCUGGAAAAUUUGUGAAGACUAACAAGAAGAAAAUUAUGGAGGACGUCAAGGAUCCCGAGAGGCUCAAGGACCACCACCUGUUCCAAGUCCUGCAGUUGACCCUGAAGAUCUCCGCUAAUUGCUCAGCCUUUCUUAAGAGCGAGAAGUACAUUGAGUCGGUGCAUUCACUCGGGAAAUACAGUCAGGAGAAUCUGGGCCAUCCUCACCUCUGGGUUAGGCUCGCAGCCACCCAGCAGAUCGGCUUCAUCCUGGCCACCCUUGAUGACGAGAAACUCUCACGGCAUCUGCAGAUUAAAGAGGCUGAUGAUGCAGAGCCCCUCAAGGGGUACGUGUACUCGGCACCUGGUGAGACACUCAGGAGUUUGAGUUUGGAUUUACUCGCACAACUGCAGCCGGGAAUGGAGUUUGAGGAACUAGCUGAUCAGGUGGUGAAGAACCUGGUGUUCAUUGCGAGGGUCAUCAGGACGUCGAGCUGGGGAGAGGGUGAGGAGAAAGACGAUGGGGUCUCCCUACUGUGGCUCGUCAAGAGGGUUCGCAAGUGCGUGAAUAUUGAGGUGACGCAGAAUCCGAAGUCUACGUGUGUGAGAUCAGCUGCCUUCAAAUGGACAGCCGGAGUAGUAACAACAAUCCCGAUGGACCCAUAUUUAAAACCCAUUCUCUUCCAAUUGAUGUCCCCACUGGUCCGCGAAAUGUUAACAACCGAGGAAUCAAAUGCUCCAUUGCGUCAAUUAUCGAAAGAAGUAGGUAGGAUGAUCAAAAAGAGAAUGGACGAUGAUGAGUACGCAAAAUUACUGGCGAGAGUUCAGCAGAAAUUGGACAUCAAGCGGGCGGAGAGGAAGAAGACCCUGACCCAACAGUACGUUGUCGAUCCAGAGUUGGCAGCAAAGAAGAAAAUAGCCAAACAGCAGAAGAAAAAGGAGGCGAAAAAGCGAAAGAGAAGCGAAAUACAGGGGAAGAGGAAGCGAGAUAAGAGGCCGCGUAAGGAAGUCGACGUAGAGAUUAUGUAAGAUUGAUAUUAGUGGUAUAAAAAUUACCUUGACUAUGUAAAUAAAAAAAUAUAGAAAAA